AGCCCUGCGCUGGGGCGCACCGUCCCCUUCGCAGCUGGGACGAGUCGAACUCCAGGCAGGAGACGUCGCUCCCUAGCCUCGUCCCUCCCUUCCCUUUCCCUGCCCCUUCCCCCACCCCCGGCUCGGGCUCGCGCGGCAGCCACUGGAACCCCCCCGCCCCCCGAGCCCUGUGCCAGGUACCUGAGCUGGGGGCAUGGAGAACUCCUCAGCAGCAUCAGCCUCCUCCGGGGCCGGGAGCAACCGCUCCCAAGAAAUUGAGGAGCUGGAGCGCUUUAUCGACAGCUAUGUAUUGGAGUACCAGGUGCAGGGGCUGCUGGUCCAUAAGGCUGAGGGUGACGGCGAGAGCGAGAAGACACAGUCCCCCAUCUCCCAGUGGACAGCGGAUUGCAGCGAGCAGCUGGACAGCAGCUGUUCCUUCUCCCGAGGGCGAGCACCACCACAACAGAACGGCAGCAAAGACCACUCCCUGGACAUGCUGGGCACUGACAUCUGGGCCGCCAACACUUUCGACUCCUUCAGUGGUGCCACCUGGGACCUGCAGCCUGAAAAGCUGGACUUCACUCAGUUCCAGAGAAAGCUCAGACAUGCGCCUAAGCAGCCGGUGCCACAUAUCGACCGCGAAGGGUGUGGAAAAGGGAAGCUGGCGGAUGGGGAUGGCAUCAACCUGAAUGACAUUGAGAAAGUCCUCCCGGCCUGGCAGGGCUACCACCCAAUGCCCCAUGAAGUGGAGAUUGCGCAUACCAAGAAGCUGUUCCGGAGGCGGAGGAACGAUCGGAGACGGCAGCAGAGGCCACCCGGUGCGAACAAACCCCAGCAACAUGGUGAGCACCAGCCGGGCAGCACCAAACACAACAGGGAUCACCAGAAAUCCUACCAGGGGGGCUCGGCACCCCACGCGUCAGGGAGGCCCACGCACCACGGCUACAGCCAGAACCGGCGCUGGCAUCACAACAACUCCAAGCACUCACCAGGAGACAAGGGGGAAGCAGGCACCCACCGCAAUGCCAAAGACACCAUGGCCCUGGAGAACCCCAGACUCGAGGACAGCCCGGGAGAUGCAGAGCUUCCCCCCGGCCCGGAUGGCCCCAGCCCAGCGGCCCCUGGUGGGCUGCCUGCGCAGCAGCCAGGGACACCAGAGGUGGAAAGCAAGCGGAAAGACAGUACUGUCCCUGAGCGCGUUGGGGAGCGGCCCAGAGUCAACCUGCUCCAGUCUUCCAAAGACAGGCUGCGGCGCAGGCUGAAGGAAAAGGCACCGGACGAAGUUACGGUAGAGACGCCCUGCCCUCAGCCAAACAAGAUGGACAAAUUGAUGGAGAUCCUUAACAGCAUGCGCAACAACAGUUGUGACGUGGACGCCAAGCUCACGUCCUUCAUGGAGGAGGCCCAGAACUCAGCCAACUCGGAGGAGAUGCUAGGAGAGAUCGUGCGGACCAUCUACCAGAAGGCCGUGUCCGAUCGCAGCUUCGCCUUCACAGCCGCCAAGCUCUGCGACAAGAUGGCACUCUUCAUGGUGGAAGGGACCAAGUUCCGGAGCCUGCUCCUCAACAUGCUACAGAAGGACUUCACGGUACGUGAAGAGCUGCAGCAACAAGACGUGGAGCGCUGGCUGGGCUUCAUCACAUUCCUGUGCGAGGUGUUUGGUACCAUGCGCAGCAGCACGGGCGAGCCCUUCCGUGUGCUCGUGUGCCCCAUCUACACCUGCCUCAGGGAGCUCUUGCAGUCUCAGGAUGUGAAGGAAGAUGCUGUUCUUUGCUGUUCAAUGGAGCUGCAGAGCACUGGCCGGCUGCUGGAGGAGCAGCUCCCAGAGAUGAUGGCCGAGCUCCUGGCCAGCGCCCGGGACAAGAUGCUGUGCCCCUCUGAGUCAAUGCUGACGCGCUCGCUGCUCUUGGAGGUCAUCGAACUGCACGCCAACAGCUGGAACCCUCUGACGCCCCCCAUCACGCAGUACUACAACAGAACCAUCCAGAAACUGACAGCCUGACAGCCGGGGUGGGGUGGGGCCUGGCGGGUAUCCCGCGGGCAGCUGGGGCCCUGGUGUGCUGGGCCAGAUGGACAGGCAGGAGGACUGGAGUGGCCCUGGCGGGAGCAAGCAAUAAGAAAGAAGGCAGGCAGAGCAGGGAGGGAGCGCGGGGAACACGGGAUGCAAUCCU